UGAUAUAGGUGGUCAAAAUGGCAUUAUUCAUUGUCAAAUGUCAAUUAAUGAGCAAAAACAUAUUGUAUGUUUAUGCUUUAUUAAACUUUAAUUAUUUUAUAGCGAUACAGGGAAUGUUAUUAACAAAAUGAGUGAGAGUCCAUCGCCGUCUAGACCAGGGGAAGCCGCGUUAAAAAACAUGCAUAUAUUGAAGAGUGAAAGCUCUGUGUUUAAAGUCCCUAAAGUGCCUAAAAAGAAAUUUAUUAAAAAAACUCAAGUUCUAGAUGAGGAAGAUUAUGUGGAGGGUAUAUCAAAAAUAAUACAAAGAGAUUUCUUUCCUGAUUUGGAAAAACUCAAGGCCCAAAACGACUUUUUGGAAGCAACUGAAAAUAAAGAUUAUGCUCGGCUUAGACAGAUUGCACGAAAGUACAGUGGUUCUAGACCACCUACCGAACCUUAUAAUUCUCCAGCCACAUUUGAUACACCUGGUGUGGAUCGACCUCCUUCACCUUCCGAUGGAGAUUUGAGACUUUCGAAUAUUAACUUAACAAACGACACAUGCAAGGACAUAACAGAUAAUCAUAGUUUAGAUUCUUUUCUUGCACAUCACACAAGUGAGGACAAUGCAAGCUAUGACCGAGUGAUAGCUCUAGAAAACAGAAAGAAAGCCGCCAAGAUUGCGUCUCAAUUUGAAUCUGAAGUAUCUUCGGCUGCAAUUGCUGAUGCUGCACUUGCUUUACCAUCUAUAGAACAACAGGCUGAUCAGACUGAGAGACCACAUGAGUUGGAUACGUGGCGGUAUCGAGCGAAAAAUUACAUUAUGUAUGUGCCCGAUGGGGCGAAGUCGCAGACUCCGAGUGCGAAGCCCGAGCUACAGCACCACAACACACGAUUGCAAGUUCAACCAUUUGAUUAUGCUAAAAAUAAGGAAACUAUAACUGCUAUUGCGAGAUCACAAGACGCUCACGACAAGGGCAAAAUAGGAGUAGAUGGAGUUAGCAUAUCGGGGGAGAAAACUACCGGCCAGUACGAUUUUGUGGCCACACCCUCCCCUAGACCCGGAGACGGGCCCGACGAGUCGCCUUUGAUGACCUGGGGAGAGAUCGAGGGUACACCUUUUAGAUUAGACGGUGGUGAUACUCCGCUGCCAGCUGUGGGCGCGGGCGCCGCGUACCGCAUCCUAGAGGGGGGCGCGCGCGAGCGGCUCGCCAUGCAGCUCGCCGAGCGCGUGGCGCGCCGCCGCCGCCCCACCACGCCGCGCCGCACGCCCACGCCGCAGAGUUUCAGAACGAACACGGAGCGGCUAGCUAGCAUGUCACCAGCGGCAAGGAAAUUGGCGGCAAAACAUUUAUUAUCACCUCAUUUAAAACUCACUCCAAAUGAUAUGGGUAUCACACAUACAUUACCCAAAACACCAACACCUAGAAGACAAUUGGUGGCCACACCUAACACUAAUAAAACUUCAUCUACCACAGAUACUGCUACAAGUACAGAUAAUAAUUUAACAGAUAAUCUUUUACAAAUUAAUGUAGCGAAAAGAACACGAUUAAAAGCUCAAGACUUUUUCGUUUAAUAAUUUAAAAUUAAUUUACUUCAAUGUCUAUGAUUAAAUGUAAUGAUGAGUUUAAACAGAUUUUUAUUUAAAAAAAAUUGUUAGGUAAGCGGCAUACGAGCUAUUUAUAUGCUAAUAAAAGAUAUUAUAUUGUUU